UUUUUCACACCACUAGCUGAUUUUGGCAUUAGGCAUUUUUGGCAUCAUAACAAAUAAAUAAUCAUAACAAAUAAAAUAAUUUAGCAGAAUGUCGUGUAAGUUCGACGAUAUACACGAGAAAAUAGAGAGUGGCGUCUACAAAUUGGCAACAAAUCGUAAAAGCACACGCAGCACCGUAUGGCAAGUGUACCGGAAGAUCGAGAAGGACGAUGGGACAAUUCUGGAGGAGGUCUUGUACUGCAUGGGUUGCAAGAACAUAAUGUCCUUUGUACACAAGUCCACGACGAACCUACGGCGUCACAAAUGUCACCUACAGUACCUUAAGAAGCAGGAAAUAAUCAGUCUAGACACCAGCGAGCAAUCCAAAAUGGAUGAAGAUGGCGGGAACACAACGGAGGAGGACCGUCAAUCGCUCUCGGACGACAUCGAGAUCAAGCCGACGGCUGUGGAUGUAGCUGCUUAUGUAGCUGGAAUCCUCCCUCCAGUAGAUUCCCCUAUACUUCCAUCUCAUACCCAACCAGUUAAUCGGCUGCAACAACGGCAGCUGUCUGACGUGCCGGAAAUUUCAUUAACCCACCCCAGUGACGGCGGAAUUGAAGAGUCUAAUAUUUACGCGCAAACAUGGUCCCUGGAGUUUCGGAAACUUAGCGACGACCAAAAAUUCUACGCCAAAAGAGCCAUAGACGAAAUCUUUGUCUUGGGAAGGUUGAGACGCUUAACUUUAAAUACGGUGACUCCGGCGGAGUAAAUUUUUAAGGGCCUUUGCAUUAAGACUCAAAAAACCGUUCAUAUUAUGUUAUAUAGACAGUAUUUUAUCAGAUUUGCUGCAUCAAUAUUUUGUUUUUGGAAGUAAAGGAUUGCUGAGUUAUUUAUAAAAUUCUGGGGAAACCCAGCCAAAGCGUGGGUUUUCUCUACUAAGCCAAAUAAUUGUCAAGUUAGAUGUUUCUCAAUAAAAUGUCUAAUUGUAUGGAUAUUGGA